AUUUUCCUGCGAAAUGCGUUCAUUUUACCAACGGAACAAAUCAACAGCAUUGCUCGUGAUUUUCUUUAUAGCAUUGCUGUUUAUUUUAACGUCAAUUCGUCGCAAACGCAGCCUGAGGAAGCCAUGGAGUAAGGACGAUCGAGGCUUGUUUCGAUUCGACCCAAGAACAAGAGAAAUACAAGUUCGAAAUUUGAAAGGUGAUACGAUUCUUGAAGGUAAUCUGGGUAUAAAUAUCGACUUGACUUAUUCAAAUCCAGAGGAAAGCAAAAAGGACGGCCUGCAUUACGUUUGGGGUGGGAAUAUUAUGCAAAGCAUAAUCAAAGGGGAUAAAAACUGUAUAACGGUUGAUUGGGAUAGCAUAACCGAUGAACCUUUUACACCAAUGGACUGUUUCAAUUUGGGUAACUUUUACUGGUAUGGGGGUGGACAACUGAAUAUACCCAACUGGCCUUUGAAUAAGGCUGAUCUACACAUGUCCCCAUUUUAUGCGAAAGUUUACAAGGAUAUGGGUAAUCAACAUUUUACAUCUGUUAUUGAACCUUAUUGGCUGAGCUCUAGUGGUGUUGCAAUUUUUGUCGAUGAAAUUGUACCACUUCAUGUUAGCAUAAACGAGAAGGGGAAUGGGAAAUUAUGUCUGAAAGCGGAUACCGAGGGUUAUCCAGGCCAUCCAAAACCUGUACACCUGAAGUACCGAAUGUGCUUUGGAAAUAGUUUAAAAUCAACCCAUCAGUUUGUUAGUUCAAAAUAUUUUGAUAAACCAUCCGAGUCGUUAAGUAGCUCAAUAACAAGGUAUCCAAUUUGCGCACUCAAAUCACCAAACCAAGUUAAACUAACGAGGUUCUUUAGAUCUAUAGUCAUUCGUCAAUUCUCUUGUGGACACAUUGAUUUGGGCUUGCAGCAAGGUUUGGAGUUCAACAAACAAGACUUUCCUAAUGCGAAAAGUCUCAUAAAAGAGAUCCAGGCUCGUAAAUUAAGAGUCAUGGCCACAGUUGAUUCAAUUUUCAGCAAGAAACAACAUGUACCUGAAGAGUUCUUGAUGAAGAGCAACUGGCAGACGCAUUCGGUCGAUUUGACUACAAUGAAAGCGAGGAACUGGUUCAGUGAAAACGUUGAAAAAUUUCAAAAGAAAUUUAACAUCGAAACAAUCAGAUUCUGUUGUGGAAACCUGGAGUUUCCUGUUACAGAAUAUAAAUUAAAUGGGAGAAAUCCAGGUUUGUUUGUGCAGAAUUAUGCCAAAGUGGCAGCAAGCAUAAGCAAAAGUACAGAUAUCAAAGUGGGUUAUAAAACCCAGUCUCUCCCUUUGGUAAUAAAGAUUGCAGACCGUUCACCGAGUUGGGAUAAAGAUUUCGGUUUAAGGUCUAUAAUACCAAUGGUGUUAAGUAUUGGAAUAAUUGGUUAUCCAUAUGUAACCAUUGGACCAAUUGGUGGCAAGUCAAUAGAGUCUUCAAAAACUGAUAAAGAGCUGUACAUUAGAUGGAUGCAGCUCAGCGUCUUUUUCCCAGUCAUGGAAUUUGUUACGUAUCCAUGGGAACUUGAUGAUAGCGAGACAGUCCAGGCGUCUGCAGAUAUACUGGAUAUCCGGUAUAUGCUGUGGGAUAAUAUUGUAAGCAUUGCUAAGGAAUCUGCAGAUACAGGUGCUCCUGUUGUUCGACCAAUGUGGUGGCUGGCUCCCAAUGAUCCAGUGACGCAUCAUCUGGGCGCACAAUUUAUGCUGGGUGAUAUUUACCUAAUUGCCCCAGUCUUGUGGCCUCAAGCUAAACAGCAUGAAGUGUAUCUCCCCAAAGGUGUGUGGAGGGAAAUGUUUGGGAAGGGAAUCAAACAUGAACUCGAGGUCGGACAAUGGAUCAACUUCUAUGUUAACUUAAAAACUGUAGUUUACUUUGAAUGUCUUAUUUGUAAGCAAUAAAAUAAUGUUUGCAAGUACAAGUUGUAAAUAAUGGUUGUGUGGAUUUAGAUAAUUAGAUAUUUUACAAUACUAUAGUUAUUUAAUAUGCACAGGUGUAUAAAU